AUGAGAUCUAGCCGUUUGGGGUUGGGGGAGGGUGGGGACCCACUUGAUGCCAACGUUCAAAACUCUUUACCCACAAUCGGUUUAAUUACGCAAUUUGCUAGCCGAUCGGGCCUUAGCCGAAGCCUACCCGAACACCUUCCAUGGUGUAGCCAAUCGGAUGCAAUAAAUAGUACCAGUGAACCUACAUUGAUUGAUGACAUCGACAAAAAUGGAUAUAUAGUUCAUGAUGAGGAAGAAAUCAUUGAAACGGGUGAGAUAAAUGAUGAAACACAAUAUUUUGUCGACAUAGACGGACAUCUUUCACAUGAGGAUAAUGAAACCGAUCCAAAUGAUGUUUUCAAUCAAUCUUUUGAGGGCUGUAUAAUCGGGAAAAAAUUUAAUGAUGCAGAAGAUGCUUAUAAUUUCUAUAACGAGUAUGGUCUGUCUAAAGGUUUUGGUAUCCGAAAGCAUUACCACAAUAAGCACUCGGGCACAAAGGAAAUAUACCGACACAUAUUUGUGUGUAACAAACAGGGUUUAAAGUGUAGAAAGCAAACAACAGACAAUGUGAAACCACGUUGUAUUAGGCGUACAGGGUGUAAGGCAAUGAUACAAGUGACUCUGUCAGAGCAAGGAAAGUGGGUUGUGGACAAGUUUGUGGAUGAACACAAUCAUCCUUUGGAUAAUCUGUCACGGGUACCAACACAGUGGUCUCACAAGGUCUUUCAUCGUUCCAAAGAAUGUAAGGAUCUUGUAAAAUUGAUGUCACAACAAGGCAUCAGACCUAGUGCAAUCACGAAAAUAGUGAAUGCAUAUAAGGGUAAUCUAGAGGACAAACUAACACGAAUUCAGUGUUCUGCUAUUGUUGGUGAAGAAAGGAAAUUCAACUUAGGCAAAGAGUGUCAUGAAAUUAUUAUGCAUUUUCAAGAGAAAGCUAAGGUGGAUAAAGAUUUUUAUUUUGCAAUAGAUUUGAACGCCGAUGGGACAUUUAAAAGUGUGUUUUGGGCUGAUGGCCGAUCAAGAUCCGCUUAUAACCAGUUUGGUGAUGUUGUUGUUUUUGAUGUAACUUACAAGACGAAUACAUUUGGCUUGCCAUUUGCUCCGUUUGUUGGGGUUAACCACCAUGGUCAAACUAUUUUGUUUGGAGCAUCAUUGUUAGAAAAUGAAACCGAGGUGACAUUUACAUGGUUGUUCAAAAUUUUUCUAGAAUGCAUGUAUGAUUGUCCACCUAUUUCUAUCAUUACCGACCAAGAUAUGGCUAUGGGUAAAGCAAUUCAAAAGGUGUUCCCCAAAUCAAGGCAUCGAUUUUACGCUUGGCAUAUUAGAAAGCAUGUUAUAGAGCACCUUCAACCAUUACGCUCUCGAUUUUUUGAUUUUAAAGAUACCUACAAUAAGUGGGUAAAAAGCCAAAAUAUUAGUGAUUUUGAAGCAGGCUGGGAAGUUUUAAAGGAGAAAUAUAACAUAGAUGAUGAUACUUGGUUGGGAAAGAUGUAUAAGUUACGUAGUUUUUGGGUUAAAGCAUAUCUCAAAGACACAUUUUUUGCUGGAAUGACAACUAGCGGGCGAAGUGAAAGCAUUCAUUCAUUUUUUGAUGAUUAUGUGAACUCUAAAACAAUGUUAAAUGAAUUUGUAGUGCAAUAUGACAAGGCUGUGAGUUCGCGAAGAAUGGCGGAAGAAGAUGAAGAUUUCAGAACAGUAGACUCACAACCGACAUUGCAUAGUGACCAUCCGAUUGAAGUAAUGGCAGCAAAAUAUUAUACUCGAAAUAUCUAUGAGAUCUUCAAAAAAGAAUGGAAGGCUAGUUUUGAUUGUGGUCAUGAAAAAAUAUGCAAAGAUGACAAGUUGGUCACAUAUCGAGUUGGUUACUUAGCAGGUAAUAAAGAAGGUUGGAAAACGGUUGAAUGUAAGGUUGGUUCCCCGUUUUAUGCUUCUUGUUCGUGUGCAAGAUUUGAGACAUCUGGUUAUUUGUGCAAACAUAUUCUCUAUAUUAUGAAGAAAAAGUUGUUAACUUCCAUUCCCGAUCACUACAUAUCACCAAGAUGGACUAUGAACGCAGCUUACAAGGUUGGAAGUAUUGGAACGAAAAAGAAGAGUGUUAGCUCUGAUGCUAGUAAUGAAGUUAGUUUCAUGAAUUUAUGGUCUAUUAGAGCAAAGUUUAACAAAGUCAUUGAAGAUGGUCGAGAUUCCCCGUCUCAAAUUGAAAAGCUUGAUGCAUUCUUUGAUGGUUUUCUUGAAGAGCAACAUAGAAGAAAGAACAGUCAAGCUGGGAUGAUUUCUGGAAGUAAUUCUACAAUACCAAUUGCCAACCAGAUGGACAUGCCACAACGCUUACUUGCGUCUGAUCCUAUAAAUCGUGUGAAGACGAAAGGGCGUACGAAGGUAGCCACAAGGCAAAAAUCUAGUAUAGAAUUGUCUAUGGAUGAGAAGAAAAAGAAAAGAUGUGGCUAUUGUAGAGGAAAGGGUCAUAACUCUACCCGGUGUCAACAAAAAAGAUGUGCUUUCUUCUUAAGAUGGAUGAAUUACGAGAUGGUGAUAGGCCUGCUAAUAGUCACUUACAAGAUGGUGAUGUUGCUGAUUAGUACAUGA